AUGACCUCUAGAGUCCUCCAACGAGGCUCUCAGAUCGAUCAGAUCGAGAACAGUCUCAGCAACGUCCGGCUAGACGAAUCAAGCAAACCGAAGAAGAAAGCAGAUACCCAGAACUCUAAUGACCAAUCAGUACCCGGCUCUUUCUCUGCCCCAAAAUCAUUCAAUCAAUCGAAAAAUAAACCUUACGCCUUAGCACCUCCACCCUCAGCACCGCCUAUCUCCAACCCUGCUAGCUUGGCCAAUAUGGGAAUUGGCCAAUACGAUGGCGGUUUCGAGAGAGACGAAGCCUCCGGUAGAGGGUCUUGGGACCCAGGUCAUAAACCGGCGAACGACACGUUAGAUUUCGAGAUACCAUCCCCUCUACCAAAGACCCAGUGGAGCUUGAACUCAUUUGACAUUGGUAGAGCCCUGGGUAAGGGUAAAUUUGGCAGAGUAUACAUGGUUCGAACCAAAGCGCCACCCCAAUUUAUUAUCGCUCUAAAGUGUUUGUAUAAGCGAGAGUUGGUCGAAUGCAAAGUCGAGAAACAGCUACGGAGGGAAAUCGAAAUCCAAAGUAAUCUCAGACACCCAAAUAUUCUACGUCUUUAUGGAUACUUUCAUGACGAAAAGAGAAUAUUUUUGAUGUUAGAAUACGCCGGUAAAGGAGAAUUAUACAAACAAUUGCAUCGACACGGGAAGUUCAGCGAGAAACGCUCGGCUAAAUACAUUGCCCAAAUGGCCGAUGCACUUCAUUAUUUACAUCGAAAACAUGUAAUUCAUCGCGACAUCAAGCCUGAAAAUCUUUUAUUGGGAGUUGAAGGAGAACUGAAGAUUGGCGACUUUGGCUGGAGUGUCCACGCCCCCGGUAAUCGAAGGAAGACACUUUGCGGUACUUUGGAUUAUCUUCCUCCAGAAAUGGUUGAAGGUAAAGAUCACAAUGAAAAAGUAGAUUUAUGGGCACUUGGCGUAUUGACCUACGAGUUCCUUGUCGGUGUGCCGCCGUUUGAGGAUCUUUCCGGUCACAAUGCCACGUACAAGAAAAUUUCAAAAGUCGACUUUAGUAUCCCUCCGACUGUAUCGUCCGAAGCCUCAGACCUCAUCCGCAAACUAUUGAGGCACGAACCUCAAGAUAGAUUACCGUUACCCCAGGUAGCCAACCACCCGUGGAUUUUGGCACAUGUCAGAACCCGCAAUGGGACAAGUGGGGGUGGCAGUAAUACAACCAAGUCUACUUGA